UGUUUCCUAAUUGCUGCUGCCGCUGGUCUGGAGGAGCUGAGUGGGAAAGGCACGUCAAAGAAUCUCUUCACGCCACAAACUCUUGUAGAUGAACCGAGGUACCCGGACUCAGGCUGGAGUGACUGACCCUUGCGAACAUUCGGAAUCUGUUUAGCCCAGACAGCAUUAGGUUUGUUUGUGUGUGUGUGUGUGUGUGUGUAAAAAGGCAAUGCUAUGGUGAAGCGUGCCAGCGAUGACGGAUGUGGAGGCCACUUACGAGGACUUCAUCGCUUCUCGACGAUCCGGCCGCAGGAACGCCAUCCACGAGAUCUCAGGAGGCCCAGGAGCGCAGGGGGCCGCUGACCUGUCCCAAACUCUGGCGCAGUUUAACAUCAACAAAUCUGGGGAUGAGGAAGUGGACGCAGAGAAAGGCCAGGACGAUUCAGCGAAAGAAGAGGAGACUAAAGCUGAAGACUCCUAAAUUGAAAUAGGGACCAAGCAUGGACUUGAGGGGUCUAGAAUAGUCCCAGGAUUCUCCAGCUUUCAACUCACUGUUUGCAACCAAGAGAGAAACUCAAGAAAACCCUCUACUGCCAUCGUCCCAGCAGAACAAAGUUUUCUUGCUGCGUUUGGUGAUCUAGGAUCUAGGCCGACUGUGAGCGUAGCAUGAUGCGAGCAACUAAAAUCAACGUGUUUUUACAAUUCCUAGGUGUGGAGAAAGGAAGGCAACAGACGCCAAAAUGAAAAAUGUCCUCUAAGGAUUUUUUGAGGCAAAUUCUUAAAGAGUUGCCAGUAAGUCUAAGCAUGUUUACCUUCCCCUUUUUCUGCCUUUACUCAACCAGCACUCAUUUCUCUGAAACAAUCCGAGGAAAAGGUAAAAGGUAAUCUUGCAAGUACUGCACACAUGAACCCGCUCUUCAUGUCUCCUGUCAGCUGUUUCCUUUGCGCUCAAUAAUUUUCUGCAUGUUUUCUUUUUUCCCCCCUCUGGACCAUAGACCUAGUUUAGCUAAUUGGCUUUGUUGACUUUCUAUUUGUCCAUCUGCCUUAGGUAAUCUCAGACGCAGCUGAUUCAACUGAUGAUUAGAUAACACACUGUUAACCCCUGGAACGUUGAGUCUUAGGUCUAUACUGCUUCUGAGGCAACGUGCAGAUUAGAGGUCAUGUGUUUGUUUUUUCAAAUAUUUCAACACCUUUUCUUCAAGAUCUGCACAUGAAGUUAUGGUUUUCUGCCAUGUGAUGGAUUUUGUAAUGCAGCUUACAUUUCAUCACUUAAAAAUUUAAUAUUUUGCACUAAUAAGUAAUGAACUGUUAAUAUGUUUUUUAUUAGUUUUGCAAUUACAUUUGGAAGAUGAAACGCUCUGGACUAAAAUUUUUCUUACCGUCAUGCCUUUCGCUGUCUGUGACGAACAAAUUUCCCUCUGAAAUCCACAUUCUUCACAUUUACGAUCUCCAUACAGUAACACACUGCCAUGCAAUAUAUUCUAAUCAUUUUUGUAUGUUACCUUGUUUCAAAUUUAAUGUGUGAUCUUGUGCAGCCCCAGGAGUAUAACGGAUAUUUGCUGCUUGGUUGUUGUUAGGAAUUGCACUACUGAUUGCAUACAGCUCUAACCAUGAGUGGAUUAUAAUUAAUUAAUUAAUUUACUUUUGAUGAGAUGACUCUUGGGCCUGUAUUCUCUGCUCAUAAACCUUUUCACAGUAAAAUAACUUUCAUACUAUAAAGGUAUUUUUGCCUUGUAUAACUAAAUCAAACACAUGAAUAUGCGUUCACAAAAAAUGUCUUGGUAAAAUUGAUGCUGUGAAAUUCUUUCAUUCAGUGGUAUUAUGGUAUCUGAUUUUUUUUUUCCUCUUUAAAUUUGAGGUAUUAUUCAGAAUAUUUGUGGAUAAAAAAAAAAUGUUUGUACCGUACAGCAACUCAGGUGUAGUUUGUUUUAAUGACCAAAACUGUUGCAAUGUCGGUGACUGAUGUCACCCAUGUUGAUUUUUCUACAAAACUGUCUUCAGGAACUCAGGCACACCACGGAAAAGGCAUUUCACGGUUUUGAAAUAUUUUCAGUUUACUUGCAGCAGCUUUGACACUUUUAAGUUAUGAUGUGUGACAUAAUGACUGGAGGAGAAGUUUGGGUGCAGAGAAAUGACAUGGUCACUGCUUCCCUCUGGUGGUCAGCUAGAGCUAUUCUUCACUAAUAAAGAGUCAUAUGACACAAACGGUUUAGAGACUCUAGGAAUUAUGAGAUUAUGUUCACUUAUAGCUGUGUUGAAGCAUGACGAGUCAAAAAUAAAACACAUGCAACACA